AUGAACAAUUAUCGUCGACGAGCGCAUUUACACGUCGAAAUGUUGAAACCGCUAAAAAUCAAAAAAUGCGACAUCGAAUAUGGGAUGCAGAGGGCAGUCUCAAUUUCAUCUGGUACUGCGAUGAUGAGGAUAACUGCAAGAGAAGAUUACAAGCUCGAAGCUCCUGCACGGUGUUUCAAUGUCGACCUCGCUCAUACCGUUCAUCCUUCCUGUACUUCAGCAUGA